GGAACAUUAAGAGAGAAACAUGGCAGAAGAAGCUCCAGCAGCUGCACCGGCUAAAGCCCCGGCAAAAGCCCCGAGGAAGAAGUCCGCUCCUAAGGCCAAGAAGGAUGGACCCAGCCUGUCCAAGCAGAUCGUGGACGCCGUGGCCGAGUCCAAGGAGCGCAAAGGAGUGUCUCUGUCGGCGGUGAAGAAGGUCCUGGCUGCUAAAGGGGUGGAUGUAGCUAAAGCCAACAAGCGGAUCAACACGGCCAUCACUAAGUUGGUGACCAACGGCACCCUGGCUCACACCAAGGGGACCGGGGCCUCCGGUUCUUUCAAGCUCGCCAAGGAGUCCAAAUCCGCUAAACCAGCCAAGAAGGUGGUGAAGAAGAAGGCUCCCGCAAAAGCCAAGAAGCCCGCCGCCAAGAAGGUCAGCACCCCGAAAAAAGCCACCGCUGCUAAGAAAGCGACAGCAGCCAAGAAGUCUCCGAAGAAGGCAGCAGCAGCCAAGAAAAGCGUGAAAAAGGUGGUGAAGAAGAGCCCCAAAAAGGCCGCCCCUGCUGCCAAGAAGCCAAAGGCUGCUAAGAAGCCUGCUGCUAAGAAACCUGCAGCUAAGAAACCUGCAGCUAAAAAGGCCCCAGCUAAGAAGGCCAAGAAGUAGACUGCUGCUUCAAC